GGCGCGGGGACCGCGCCGAGCCCAGGCCCCCGCCGCCGGGCUCUCCGCUCGGCCGAGGGGCUCCCGAGCCGCCGCGGCGCUCGCCUGGAAAAGUUUCCCCGCCUGGGCUCCCCAGGAGGAUUCUGUGGCUUUAAAAAAAAGUUUGAAAACCGCUGGUCUAACAGUUUUUACCACCAAGGAAACUGAGGCCCAGACAGAGGAAGUGACUUGUAUAAGAUCACACAGCAAAUACUAGCUGAGCAGGAACUAGCAGUCAGAAUUUCUUGGGAGCCUCCCAGUGCCUGUAACAGGACCUGGCUGGGGUCUCUGAUUGAAAGAGAGAUCUGAUUGGAUUUUCCAGUGGCCCUCAGUGGCUUGCUCUGUGGUUGUAUGGGAACCAGACCUCCAGUGCCUGGAAAACAGCAGCCCAACCUGAGAGCCGGCAGCCCUCAUUCUCCUCCACAGCCCUGCCCAUCUCGGCUCCAUGCCCCCACCAGUCAGCCCCGGGCCACAGGCAGUGAGCAAACACGUGGAAGCUAAAGCCCUGUGACCAGGCCAAGAAGACGGGAGCUCUGGGGUUCCAGCCUCCUGCCGCCCCAUGGAGCUGAGGCCCUGGUUGCUAUGGGUGGUAGCAGCAGCAGGAGUCUUGGUGCUGCUGACAGCUAAUGCCGGUGGCCAGAAGGUCUUCACCAACACGUGGGCUGUGCACAUUCCUGGAGGCCUAGCCGUGGCUGAUAGCGUGGCACGAAAACAUGGGUUCCACAACCUGGGCCAGAUCUUCGGCGACUAUUACCACUUCUGGCAUCGAGCAGUAACAAAGCGGUCCCUGUCACCUCACCGCUCACGGCACAGCCGACUGCAGAGGGAGCCUCAAGUGCUGUGGCUAGAACAACAGGUGGCAAAGCGAAGAUCAAAGCGGGAUGUGUACCAGGAGCCCACAGAUCCCAAGUUUCCCCAGCAGUGGUACCUGUCUGGUGUCACUCAGCGGGACCUGAAUGUGAAGGAGGCCUGGGCCCAGGGCUACACAGGGCACGGCAUCGUGGUCUCCAUCCUGGACGAUGGCAUUGAGAAGAACCACCCAGACUUGGCAGGCAAUUAUGAUCCUGGAGCCAGCUUUGAUGUCAAUGACCAGGACCCUGACCCCCAGCCUCGGUACACACAGAUGAAUGACAACAGGCAUGGCACACGGUGUGCAGGAGAAGUGGCUGCAGUGGCCAACAACGGUGUCUGUGGUGUGGGCGUGGCCUACAACGCCCGUAUUGGAGGGGUGCGCAUGCUGGAUGGUGAGGUGACAGAUGCAGUGGAGGCACGCUCACUGGGCCUGAACCCCAACCACAUCCACAUCUACAGUGCCAGCUGGGGCCCUGAGGAUGAUGGCAAGACAGUGGAUGGGCCAGCCCGCCUUGCUGAGGAGGCCUUCUUCCGGGGGGUUAGUCAGGGCCGCGGGGGGCUGGGCUCCAUCUUUGUCUGGGCCUCAGGGAAUGGGGGCCGGGAACAUGACAGCUGCAACUGCGACGGCUACACCAACAGUAUCUACACGCUGUCCAUCAGCAGUGCCACACAGUUCGGCAAUGUGCCCUGGUACAGCGAGGCCUGCUCAUCCACAUUAGCCACCACCUACAGCAGUGGCAAUCAGAAUGAGAAGCAGAUUGUGACCACUGACUUGCGGCAGAAGUGCACAGAGUCUCACACAGGCACCUCAGCCUCUGCCCCCUUGGCAGCUGGCAUCAUUGCUCUGACCCUAGAGGCCAAUAAAAACCUCACCUGGCGGGACAUGCAACAUCUGGUGGUUCAGACCUCAAAGCCAGCCCAUCUUAAUGCUAAUGACUGGGCCACCAAUGGUGUGGGCCGGAAAGUGAGUCAUUCAUAUGGCUAUGGGUUAUUGGACGCAGGUGCCAUGGUGGCCCUGGCCCAGAACUGGACAACAGUAGCCCCCCAGCGGAAGUGUAUCAUUGACAUCCUCACUGAACCCAAGGACAUUGGCAAACGGCUAGAGGUGCGCAAGACUGUGACUGCAUGUCUGGGCGAGCCCAACCAUAUCACCCGGCUGGAGCAUGCUCAGGCGCGGCUAACCCUGUCCUACAAUCGCCGUGGCGACCUGGCCAUCCACCUGGUCAGCCCCAUGGGCACCCGCUCCACCCUCCUGGCUGCCAGGCCACAUGACUACUCUGCAGAUGGGUUUAAUGACUGGGCCUUCAUGACAACCCAUUCUUGGGAUGAGGACCCUUCUGGCGAGUGGGUUCUGGAGAUUGAAAACACCAGCGAAGCCAACAACUAUGGGACACUGACCAAGUUCACUCUUGUACUAUAUGGCACAGCCCCUGAGGGGCUCCCUACACCUUCUGAGAGCAGCGGCUGCAAGACCCUCACAUCUAGCCAGGCCUGUGUUGUGUGUGAGGAAGGCUUUUCCCUGCACCAGAAAAGCUGUGUCCAGCACUGCCCACCAGGCUUCACACCCCAAGUCCUCGAUACACACUAUAGCACUGAGAACGACAUGGAAAUCAUCCGGGCCAGUGUGUGUGCCCCCUGCCAUGCCUCCUGUGCCACAUGCCAGGGUCCAGCCCCCACGGACUGCCUCAGCUGCCCCAGCCAUGCCUCCCUGGACCCUGUGGAGCAGACGUGCUCCAGGCAAAGCCAGAGCAGCCGCGAGUCCCCUGAACAGCAGCAACCACCAGGGCUGUCCCCAGAGGUGGAGGCAGAGCCACGGCUGCAGGCUGGGCUAUUGCCCUCUCACCUGCCUGAGGUGGUGGCUGGCCUCAGCUGCGCCUUCAUUGUGCUGGUCUUUGUCACUGUCUUCCUGGUCCUGCAACUACGUUCAGGCUUCAGCUUUCGGGGGGUGAAGGUGUACACCAUGGACCGUGGCCUCAUCUCCUACAAGGGGCUCCCCCCUGAAGCCUGGCAGGAGGAGUGCCCAUCAGACUCAGAAGAAGAUGAGGGCCGGGGCGAGAGGACCGCCUUUAUCAAAGACCAGAGCGCCCUUUGACGAGCCCACUGCCCGCCCCUUCAAGCCAAUCCCUUCCUUGGGCACUUUUUAAUUCACCAAAGUAUUUUUUUAUCUUGGGACUGGGUUUGGACCCCAGCUGGGAGGCAAGAGGGGCAAAAACUGCUUCCUAUCCAAUCCUUGGGCCCACCUAGCUGCCCAAGGUAGGGCCCCAGGACCAGCUGGGGACAGGGGAGGACCUCACCUCACCCCCAGCACCCCUCCAUGUGGAGAAAGGAGUGAAACCUUUAGGGCAGCUUUUCAAGGCCUAGGCCCCAGCCGGAGUUCUUGUGGAGUGAAGAGAGGCAGUCCUUUUGGGGAUUCACGACCCAGGCUGCAGCUCUUGCCCCUUCCCUGUCCCUCUAAAGCAAUAAUGGUCCCCAUCCAGGCAGCAGGAGGCUGGCCUGAGAGGUAUUUGAAGGAGAGGUCACCUCACCAAGGGCUUUUGCAUCCCCAAUCCUGUCCCGCUCCUCUGGUGAGCCUCAGCAGAAGUGGCAAUCAUAGGAAGGGACCAAGACGAGGCAGGCGCUUCCAGGUGUGCACAUGUGUGUGUCCCCUGCCUCUGUGCUAUAGGCCUUUACAACAGAUGGCUGUCAGGCUGAGCCAGGCUGGUACGGGCCCCGGCUGCAGCUUGGGGCGGGGGGAGCCCAUGCUGGUGUCCUGACCACCCUCUUAUCUCCAACACCCUCCCCUCCCACCAGGGCCCAAGUCCCUGUUUUCUGAGCCCGGAGCUGCCUGGGCUGUUGGCACUCACAGUCCCGGAGCCCCUGGGUGGGUGGUGGGGAGGGACGGUGGCCCAGCCGGCCUCUUCCGCCUCCCACCCAAUGCUGCUUUCCCCUGUGGGGAUCUCAGGAGCUGUUUGAGGAUAUAUUUUCACUUUGUGAUUAUUUCACUUUAGAUGCUGAUUUUUUUUUUUUUUUGUAUUUUUAAUGGGGGUAGCAGCUGGACCACACCCACCUUCUCACACUCACCUUCUCACACCCACGUCCACCCUGCUCUUCCCCUGGCUGCCCAGCUCCUGAGGUGUAGGGGCUGCAGCAUGUUGCUGAGGAGUGAGAAGGAGCUGAGCCCCAAGUCUUGAAGAGAGAGGCCAGCCAGGCGGGCUCUAGGAAAAGGGGUCAGGGUGGAAGGGGCAGGCUGACAUCUGUGUUUCAAAUGGGGCUUGUGCAAAGGGCUGAUGGGUCAUUGGCUCUCCAAGUGCCAGGGGUGGGCAGGUGGUGGCACCUAAGCCCCCUCCAACACUGUGCCCUAGCGGAGAAAGCACUGACCUGUUAUGCCCCCCCAAGCCACCUCUUCUGACGUGCCUUUUGCACCCCUUCCAUUAGGACAAUCAGUCCCCUCCCAUUUGGGAGCCCCAUUUUCUUUCCCCUAGCCUUUCCAGGUACCCAGUCACCUGCCCAGGGGUGCCCCCUCCUCUCCCAUCCCCCUACCCUCGUGGCCAGCCCGGCUGGUUUUGUAAGAUACUGGGUUGGUGCACAGUGAUUUUUUUUCCUUGUAAUUUAAACAGGCCCAGCAUUGUUGGUUCUAUUUAAUGGACACGAGAUAAUGUUAGAAAUUUUAAAGUGAUUAAACGUGCAGACUAUGCAAAUCA